GCAAUGUGCAAGAACCAUAGAUAACUUUUGAGAAGGAAAAAAACUGGGUAGUGUCAGCGUUGCUGUGAACGUGGAACCAAGGAAAAGAGAUGGAGGAACAGGACUCGCCAGGAUCCCAGGCAGGAAAGAGAGUGCCAGCAAGGGGAAGCGUUCAGACUGAGAUAAUGGGGGAACGUCUGAAGGGCUUCACUAUGUCUCUGAUUAAGCAAGAGCCAGAAGAAGGGCUGGAGCAGUUAUGUGAGGUCCACAGAGAAGAAGCUCUGAAGGCUCCCUAUUUAGAUGGGAGAAACUUUCAAUAUUCUCAAUCCCCACUGGAGGAGAACACUAGACCACCUUUCAGCAGGAAGGCUCAUCCCCAUCAAUGGUGCUUCAGAGGAAAAGCUGCAGCCCGAACCCCAACAGACCUGGGCCACAAGGAAGCCCCCAGAUUCUCCAAAGGCCUGGAUCCCCCAGAGGGAGUGAAGGAAGAGGUGGUGGAGGAGGGCAGGCCCAAGGUGGAGCUGCGAUGCCAACGCUUCCGGCAGUUUUGCUACGGGGAAGCCGAGGGGCCCCAGGAAGCGUUUGGUCAACUCUGGGAACUCUGCCGCCAGUGGCUGAAGCCAGAGCGUCACUCAAAGGAGCAGAUCCUGGAGCUGGUGAUCCUGGAGCAGUUCCUGAUGAUCCUGCCGCUGGAAAUGCAGCGCUGGGUGCAGAAACAGAGUCCGGAGACGGGCAGCCAGGCGGUGGCUCUGGCCGAGGAGUUUCUUUGGAGGCCUCAAGGUGAUGAGCAGAAGAUCCAGGAGGAUCUGGUUGACUUGCCUGAUGAUUCUCCUGAUUCUGAACUGGAUCCGGCGGACAUUGUGAAAGUCGAGGUCCCCAUGGAUGGUGACAGAGGCCCCGACCAUCAACAGUACUUCCUCAGAGAAGCAGCGGACCUGCCCCAGGGAACGUACGGCAGUGGGAGGAAGAAGAUGAGUUUCGAUUCCCCGCCAAGGAGCCAGAAAGUCCCGCUGAAGGAAAAUGCGCACAAAUGCCAAUACUGUGGGAAGCUCUCCGACUGCCGCGCCCACCUGAUUAUCCACGAGCGAACUCACACGGGGGAGAAACCCCACAAGUGCUCAGCUUGUGGAAAAAGCUUCACCCGGAAGGAAUCUCUGAUUAUCCACGAGAGGUUCCACACGGGGGAGAAGCCGUACAAAUGCUCGGUGUGCGGCAAAACCUUCAGUGAUAAGAUUGGGCGGCUCAUCCACGAGAGAACUCACACCGGGGAGAAGCCAUACAAAUGCUCAGAGUGCGGGAAGAGCUUUGGGACGCGCUGCAACCUCCUGAGGCACCGCAGGGUCCACACGGGCGAGAAGCCGUAUCGCUGCUGCGACUGCGGCCAGAGUUUCCGGUACAGACCGCAGUUAGUGAUUCACGAGGGGACGCACAAGGGGGAAAAGCCUUAUAAAUGCGCCGACUGUGGAGAAACUUUCAGCCAGACGCGGCAUCUGGUGAUCCACAAGUGGACUCACACCGGGGAGAGGCCUCACGAAUGCGCCGUCUGCGGCAAGAGUUUCAAUCAAAAGUCGGACCUUAUUACUCACACCAGGACCCACACUGGGGAGAAGCCGUACGUCUGCUCCGAUUGCGGGAAGAGCUUCAUCUCUAGUUGCCAGCUGAGGAAGCACGAGAGAACUCACACCGGAGAGAAACCGUACCAGUGCGCGGAGUGUGGGAAGUGCUUCACUUACAGUUCUCACCUCACCACGCACAAGCGGACCCACACGGGUGAGAAGCCGUACCGGUGUCCGGACUGUGGGAAGCGCUUCAUUUCUAGUUCUCACUUCACCGCCCACAAAAGGACACAUACUGGCGAGAAGCCCUACCAGUGUACCUCCUGUGGGAACAGUUUCAUUCAGCGAUCGCAGCUUGCCAAACACGAGAGGUCCCACACAGGAGAGAAACCCUACGUCUGUUCCGAGUGUGGGCAAAGUUUCCGGUGGAGCCAAGGGCUCAAGAAGCACAUGCGGACUCACACUGGCGAGAAGCCAUACAAGUGCCCCAAGUGUGAGAAAAUGUUUUCCAGUUCCUCUAAUCUGUCUAGGCACCAGAAAAUCCAUGCAAGGGAGAAGCCAUAACGGGCACUUUAGGCAAAAGACAGUAGUAGGACCACACUUGGGAUAGUG